CUGCUCUCUUUCCAUCCCUCAAACCUUGUGAUCAUGGCCAUUAUAAAUAGCCAUCCAUACCAAAGCCAAAACCAUUCACAUCCUCUCCUGAUCUCACAUGACAAAGCACUAUCUAGCCAUGAAGAUGAGCAUGACAGGCCAGCCAAAGGUUCACCUAUGGCUGGUCUUCACUAUGUUGUUUGUCACUUUUGCAGUGCAUGGUGAGGGAGCGAGCAGCUUUACACCGCCUUCUCUUUUCACAUCACCCACAUAUGCUCCUGUUAUUAAGGUGAUAGGAAAGGUGUACUGCUAUAGAUGCUUCAAUGAGGCGCACCCAGAAGAAUCCCAUGGGAAGAAGCACCUGGAAGGAGCCAUGGUCAAGGUCACUUGCCAGGCAAAUGACCAAGCAAUCGUGGCAUUUGGCUACACCAAAAGCAAUGGCAAAUACAGUGUGAUCCUUAAGGGCUUGCCAAUUAGCAGCAAUUAUGGGGCUGACUCUUGUAAGGUUGAGCUCCAUGGAGCACCAGGAGGAUCAGACUGCAAUGUACCAAUUGAGUUAAAUUUGUCUGGGCUCAGUGUUUACUCCAAGUCAAGCGACGAGGUGGUUCUCCAAGCGAAUCAGAUAAUGGCAUUUGCAUCAAAGAAGACCUUCGGAUGUUCGAAACCUCACAUGCCACCACCGGCGCAUCCCUACAAUUCCCCACCUCUCCCUAACCAGUAUCCCUCACCUCCGGCUAGCCACAAGUCCCAACCAUUGCCUUAUCAAUAUUCACCACCUCCUCCUAAUCAUUUUCCUCCUCCAGCUUACCAGUACCCAUCACCUCCGCUAAACAACUACGCUUCACCGCCACCUUACCAACAGUCCAUGCCUCCAAACAGCUACCAAUCUCCGCCACCUCUACAAGGCGUCAAAUCUCCAGUGCCAUCCCACAAGUAUUUACCACCUCCAUACUACUACAACUCUCCACCACCACAAUACCAGUACAACAACGUACCCCCGCCGCUAGCUUACCAGUAUCCCCCACCUCCAAACAUCCAUAAGUCACCACUUCUACCAUCAUCACCAGCAACUCCAUACUUCUAUAACUCUCCACCUCCAUAUAGCUUGGUUUCACCGCCACCUGCCCAGUAUUCCCCACAAUUACCUCCAAAUGCUCCAGACCAUCUGCACCCAAAAGUCCCUCAUGCAAAGUCUCCACCAGUAACUUCAGCAUCUCCACAGCCUCUUUACCAUCACAACUCUCCACCACCUCCAAUUGGAGCCCUGUCGUCGCCUCCUCUGCACUCCAUUCAAUCCCCACCGCCAACAGAUCAGCUAUCUUAAGUAUCAACAUUGAGUCUUAAGUGGCCAGCCAUGAGCAGAAUAACCUAAAGAGCUAAAGCCUAUUUCGAUUAUCGAGAGGAAUCAUAGCUGGAGGCUGCUGCUUCCAUCUCAGUAUUCUAGAGUUGUUUAUUGCAUUGUCUAGAGAUGUUGCAGUUUACAUUUCAUUGCCUAUAGCUAUUUCAGCAAUGUAAUCAUAAGUUCGAUGAGCUUUCUUAGUAGCUCUACCAAUCCAAUAUAUAUAUGGUGUGUACUC